AUGCAUGCGAGGUUACACACCGAUUUGCCAGGCGAAAUCACAGAAGGGAAUCGUAAAGCAGACUCCCUUGCUGCCCCAGCUGAGAAAGCACACGUCCCUGACAUCUUCCAACAGGCAAAGCUGAGCCACCAGCAAUACCAUCAAAAUGUGCCAGGUCUGAUCCAUCAGUUCCAGCUUACACAGAGUCAGGCUCGAGCCAUUGUGGCCACCUGUCCCAGCUGCCAGCUCCAGGCCAUCGCUGGGAGAGAUUAUAUAGCUCAUAAAGUGUUGCCACAGAAACGUAAACCAUCUGAAAAGCAUGUCAAGAGACAUGAGAGUAUGGAUUUGACCUCCACUUACCGAUAUAAUUCCUACACUAUGUCUUGAGUAUCUCCAUGCGUCUCCUGGAGGAUGAGGAGACAUAUCCCCAGAACCACGAUGUAUAUUAGAACCACUUACAAAGAGAAAUUUUACCACAAAACAAUUGUCCAGAACAACCAUUUCUACAGGGGACUGAUUGCCACUCAAAGCUGAAAUCUGGCCCAGAAAAGCAAGGCUCCCUUUGAGUACAUAACCAAUUACAGAGUGAAUUAUGUGCCACCUCCUCUUCUGAACCAUUAUGCCCAUAAAAUUCAGAAAUACAAGGACAAUUAUGUUUCAUUUGAUGGCCUCACUACACACAACAAAGCUUUGCCCUGUCUUCCUUUCUCCACUACAACUGAAUUUCAGAAAAAACACAAAGCUUGACUACAGCCUCCUGUAUUCAUCAGAAAACCUGAUGCAUAUCUUCCUCCUCUGAAGAAAAAGGACAUUCACACCACUACUUGGAGAAAUUGGAAGCACCCAAAUGAAAAGCCAGCCAAGAUGUAUCAAGCUUUGGCCCAGCUAAAUAAAAUUACUGAACCAUUUAAUAGCACUUCUGUAGUGAAGGAAGACUGUAAGCCUUGGCUAUAAAAUAGACUAUAACCUAUCACUCAUGCUCCGACCUUCCCAGCAAAACCAGUAGAUUUCUUGACUACAUUUUGGGCCCAUCAUGGGCCUCAUUCACUCACAGUUAUGUAAACCUAUAAACCUGUCUGGUCAGGCCAAAAGAAUGCCACUCUCCUAGAUGCUAAAACAACCUACACUGCCAGUUACACACCAAAGGGCAUUGCUAGAUGCCUGGCUCCUUACACAGACCCACCCAGUUACACCUUUGAGAAAACUGAUGCUGACAGCUUGAUUUUGUUUAUAACCUUCUUUUAA